GAAGCCAGUGGUGAUCCUGUUGUAACCUUCUUUUACUUUCUUGAUAAAAAGUAGUUGUGUCUUCCUUAACUGGAAGAUUUCUUCUGGGUGUACCUUCCAGUUUCCCCCAUUAUUAUUAUUAUUAUUUUUAGUAGUAGUAGUAGUAGUAGUAGCAUUAUUAGUAUUAGUCUUAGUAUUAUUAUUACAUUACCUCACACUAAUCUGGUCGUCAUUGUUCUUUUUUUCUUCUGCUCUCCUUACCUUCUUUUUUCCUCUUGCCAUUCUCAUUGUUUCGUGUGGCGCAUAUAUAUUUGGCGACCUCUUGGUCCAAUAUUUAUGUGUUCAACUAAAUAAAAUAAAUUACAUUUUGCGGUCACUUUAACAAUUAGAGGAUCUAAUCUUGCUUCUCAGUCUCUUUCUUUAAGGUUUCAUACCACCGUAAAAUUUAACUUUUUUCCGUCUUGUGUUCUUUUUUCUUAGAUUGUUCUAUGUUUAUAGUUUUCUUUCGGCUGUGUUUUGUAAACUGUGUAUAUCCAUCCAGAAAACACUAAGUGAUUGAAUACUUACAAAAUUUGAAUAAAUUAAAAUUUCUGAUCAUGCCAAUUCGUAAAGAAACUACACGUCAUCAUCUUAGAGAUAUAAUACACAAGGAAAGGAUUCAAAAAGCAAAAGAACGUAGAAUCAAACGGAAACAACGGAAAGAAAGUGGUGCACCGGCAGGAAUUCCUCAAACUCUUGAAUCACUUAGAACAGUUGAUGAAACAAUCGUUCCUAAAGAUGAUGAAGAAGUUGUCAUUGAACAUGAAACAGAUGAGUUUUCAUCUAUUUUUAGUGGAGAAAUUACUCCUAAAAUUUUGUUGACUCAUUCUGAUCGUGUUUGUCCUAGGACAAUCGGAUUUUGUAAAGAACUAAGUAUGGUCAUUCCAAAUGUUCAUCUUGUUGCACGUUGGCAUUUACCUCUUAAAAAAAUUAUCCCUAUGGCUAUUGAACGUCAAUUCACUUGUUUAAUAAUUGUUAAUGAAGAUCAGAAAAAAAUUAAUACUCUAAUAGUUAGCCACUUACCAAACGGGCCAACAGCUACAUUUCGCCUAACUAAUGUGUUACUUCGUCGUGAAAUGCGUUCAGCUAAAAAAGCCAAAUAUAUUGAAUCGAAUAUAAUACCACAUUUGAUUACUACACGUUUUAUGACACGUCUUGGUCUACGUACUGAACGUAUUUUAAGUUCAUUAUUUCCUAAUGAAAGUCGUUUACCGCCACAACCACAUAGUAGAACAAUUGUUUUUCAUAAUCAAAGAGAUUAUAUCUUUUUUCGACAUUAUCGUUAUAUACAUCGUGAUACAACUGAUGUUCAUAACGAUGAUGAUAAUGAAAAUGAAGGUAAACAUAAUACAGAACAUAUCGCAAUGAAUGAAGUUGGACCAAAAUUCACAUUGAAAUUACGUUCAAUUCAACUAGGUACUUUCGAUAGUCAAUAUGGUAAUUAUGAAUGGGUUCGUAAACGAACAGAAAUUGGUAGAAGUCGGCGAACAUUUAUCUUAUAGUUGAUAAAUAGUAUUUCUCUAUUGUAAAUAUAACUAUUUAUUAAUUCAA